UCUCGAGUAGUUACUGCGGAGAUAAUUUUUGGAUUUUGGAUUUCGGACUUCGCAUUUUAAGAUUCUGAUUUUGAUAUGGCGAGAAAUAUUUUGAAUAGAUUUAAUUUUGCACUGGAUAGAUUUGAACAGACACUGGGAUAUUUAUUUGGAACACAUUUUCCACCAGCAUUAUGUACACUGGAACUUGGUCCCAUUGAAAAUAAACCCACAACCCAGAGCUCCAGAUCACUCAAAGAUAUUCUGAGCGAUGGAAUACUUUGGGCAGUACCAAAAAGUCGGCGUACUAUAGAGAAACGUAUGAAGAGAAAAUAUGGACACGUUAAAUACCAUUGGAAGCCUUUUGUUCAAAAAACAAACAUACUCGCAUGUGUGACAUGUGGGCAUGAUCGCGAGGCCGAUAAAUUAUGUCAGCAUUGUUACAACAAAGUUAAGUUAGAGACGAAAGAAAUGCAAGAAGCGAUUAUAAAAAAUCUUGGCCUCGAACCCGUCGAGAAAGAAGUCGUGAUUUUAUUUGAAGGCGAGAAAGAAAAUAAAAAUUCGAAGUUUUGGAAAGGCCAGCGAAUUGUCGAGCUGCCUAAACCAAGACCCGCUUGGUUUCAUUCAAAUCUUUUGCAACCAACCACUCAAGAGCCUUCUGAAGGCACCGAAGUCAAACCUACUGAAUUAGCAUAAGCAAUUAUUGUAUACUGUAUCAGCGAUUUUUAAUUAAAUCUUUAUUUAAAAUCAUUACAAAUAAAU